AUGACCAACAGACGCAGGUCUGCGUCGGCAGCUGUGGUGAUGGCACGCCGGCGUCUCUUCUUCGCUGAUUACAUUUUCAGCCCCAGAUCUUUUAGUGUGACAUCAGAUCCAACAGUAGGCGUAAGGACCGACGGCAUCGUUGAUAAUAACGGCCGUCCAUCUUUCAGAGAGAAGAAGAAGUCCGUGGUCCAAGAGGAGGAGGAGGAGGAGGAGGAGGAAGAGGAGGAUCCGAGGUGUGUCACCGACGCUCCAUCACUUCCUCCCAGCGGCGCGCUCGGCCCCGACGCCUCACACCCGUACUACGACGUGGCUCGACACGGCAUCAUCCAGGUCUCAGGUGAUGACAGGUACGGCAGGAAGUUGAUCACCUUCAGCAGCUGCUGUUUGCCGCCGUCGCACCAGCUGGACCACCGCCGCCUGCUGGAGUAUCUGAAGUUCACGUUGGACCAGUAUGUGGAGAUGGACUACAUCCUGGUGUACUUCCAUUACGGCCUGAGGAGCAGAAACAAGCCGUCUCUGACGUGGUUACGAGAAGCGUACAGCGAGUUCGACAGGAAAUACAAGAAGAACCUGAAAACUCUGUACGUCGUCCAUCCGACAAACUUCAUCCGAGUCGUGUGGACCCUGUUCAAACCUCUGAUCAGUCACAAGUUUGGAAAGAAGCUGACGUACGUGAACUACCUGGCUGAACUCGGGGAACACCUGAACUACGAGCAGCUCAUCAUUCCUCCCGAUGUUCUCAGACACGAUGAAAAGCUGCGAGCCGCUCAGAAAGGCGAGCCCCCC